AUUUUUGGCAACCUAGAGAGCAAAGAGGCUUUAUAAUCAUGUACUGUUUGACGAGAAGAUACCAGCUGUGUAUUCUUUCAAUACUGGCUGCCAACGCUUUGGCAGGUGCUUCUGAGAACCCAAAUAUUCUGCACCUGGAGCCAACCACACUCUACAAUCUCCCUGCCAAUUUCAAUGGAAACUCUUCUCAAUCGUUUCUUCAAACCAAUGGCCUCUUCAACGACACAGCUGAAGAGGCCGUGUCUCAAAUGUUGAAGCCAUUCAUUGCCUAUGACGACGAGUUUGCCAGUCUCCUCGCUACCGACGCUACCCUAGAACUCAUCUACAACCGUUCCGACAACAACCCAGUGGCAGACGAAAUGGGAAUUUGGGUGUGGGACCAUAACCAGGUGUGGAUGUCUUCACAUAGCAUAGACAGUGUCAGCUACACCUAUAUUCUGGAUUUGAACGACCAUACCGUUAAAAUGCUAGAUGUGUCGUCAAAUGGUAUUCCAAUUCUCAAUCCUAACGGCGGUGGAUACUUCAAUGGGAAAGUAUAUAUUGCUGGAGAUGGCAAUACCACUAUUCCGCCAGCGAUUUACGAGGUUGACCCAGUCACCCAUGAAGCGCAGGUGGUCGUGGAUAGCUAUUUCGGACUGCGAUUCAACGGGCCAAACGAUCUGACCUGGGCAAGGAGAGGAGACAGGUCAUGGUUAUUUUUCACAGAUGACCCACUGAGUUAUUACUAUAGCAAAGGUGAAUAUCCCACGAUUCCAGAUGCCACAUGGCGUUGGGAUCCUCAGGAGAAGACCUUACUUCCUGUGAUCGAUCGAACUGAUAUUAACGUCCCCAACGGUAUCCGGGUAAACAAAGAAAGCACGAAACUAUAUGUCACUGACACGCCAGACCCAGCUUUUACUGGGAAUGGAGUUAAAGCGGUGUCUUCGUCGACGGAACUAUUUCUUGGUAGUGCAAGCACCGCAAUCUACGUGUUCGAUCUCAACGAGGACGGUAUCCCGCACAACAAGCGUUUAUUUGGCAUUGCACAACGUGGGAUUCCGGAUGGCAUGCAUGUUGAUGAUGACGGUCGCGUCUGGACAGGAGAGCAAGAUGGGAUUGUAGUUCGUGGUCCGUCUGGCAAAGUCCUCGGCAUGAUAAAUGCACUUGCGAUUCAGGGAGAGCAAGUCCUCGAUUCUGAUGCAGAGCCUUUGCAAAACUUUGCUUUGGCAGGAGACAAAAUUAUUGUGUUCGCAUUCACUAAGAUCUACCAGGUCCGACUGAGUCGUUCAAUUAACCACCACUCCCACAAUCCAGCCCCGGGGCGCAUGCCCAACAUGACCUCCGCGCGCGAUAAUCUCGGCCCCCUAAUAACCCCUUUCACCUACCCUUCGGCUUGCGCCUAUGCUAUCCUGGAUUGUUCAACAUGCUCUGACGCCUGGCAAGGGCAAACGUGCAGCGAUAAUGGAAACGUGGGUGAUUCGCAGGAUGACCCUGACUGCUGGCCUCCGCGUAUCAAUGGAAACCUUUUGACAUCUCCCCCCUUUAUGGGCGGUGGGUUUUACUCUCCAGGCAUUUCGUGUCCGGUCGGAUACACAUCUGCGUGCUCGGCAACAGGUGGAGGACAUACAGGCUAUUCGUUUCAAUAUAAUUUGCUCGACGCUGAGACUGCUAUAGGGUGUUGUCCAAGUGGAUACACUUGUGGCUACAUAUCCGCAGGCGUCGAUGCCAGUGUCCAGACCUGCGUUUCUACAGUAUCCACUGGGCAAUUUUCAGCGAUUCAAUGCUACGGUUCAACAAGCGUCUUAACCCAGCAGACUGUACCCACUACUGUUGCUGCAUCUGUCACUGCCACCGCGUCCGACGCGAGCUCAGAUGUCAUUAUUCAGACCAUGACAAUCAAAGCCCCUCUUUUCCAGAUCAUUUACAAGUCCAGCGACCUGCCGAAAUCCACAUCAACAACAAUACCCACAUCAACCAUAAUGACAGCUCCUACAAUAAAAGCGCCGACGUCACAGCCAGAUACUUCCUUGUCGACCGGCGCAAAAGCUGGAAUUGGCGUUGGUGCUGCUGUAGGAGGGCUGAUACUCAUCGGAGCCGCCAUAUUCUUGCUUUUUUUGAGACGAAAAAGGCCGCGAAAACAAUUUCAUCCGGCCGAUGAUCAACCCUAUGAAUUAGUAGCAGAUGGACUCAAGGCUGAACUUCCAGGCCAUGUAGCCCCGGUAGAGAUGGAUGCGUCGAAACCUCGUCUGCCGCCUGCUGAGCUUGGUUGAGCUGGUUGCAAACUUAUAUUUAGAAGGGAGAGUCGAUUAAGAGACUCUUAAGAAUAUGCAUAACCCCCUUGGUCCACGCUAAAAUUAUUUCUGUAAAUAAUGAUAUCUUAAUGUCUGAUUUAUUCAAUCAAGGGGUUUCACCAUAUAAUGGAAUGUUGUUACUAUGUAGCAGCUGGUCAGAAGCGGAGAAUCUCGUUGACGAUCAAAUUUCUAUCAACAGUGGUGGCUUCUGAAUGAGAAGGAAGAAUAUCAUCCGCUGUGCUAAACCU